ACAACUGUAUCGUCCACGGACGCCGUCUCAGAACGGGCCGCAGAUCUGGGUAGAUAUCCCCUGUUUGCCCUGUCACUGGCUCGACGACACGGUGGCUGGCAGCCCAUAUAAAAGAAGGGAACGAGGCUCUUUGGAGUUUCGAGUCGGAACGACGGAGGGGUUCAGGGCGAAGCUGUAGCUUGCAAACCCACCCGGAUGGUCUUGUCCGCAACUCUGGACACGCUGCACCUUCCGCUGAACGUUUGCUGCAUUGAUGACCGAGCAAGGCUUCUCAACCCUCCUCGCAUCGCCACUCUGAAGUGUCCCUGCCCACAGCGACUGUGCUCCCAGCCUGGAAACACAAUGAGGAAAAAGCAUCGCUUCGCAGCGUUCCAUACCCCUGGUGUUCGGAACAGGCUGGAAGACUACCGAGUUGGAAGCCGAGGGUUGGGCGUCUCAAGUUCGCGAAUUGGUUGUCCCAGCCCUCUUCAACGCAACCGUACGGCCCCUGGCUUGCGUAUACGGAGGAUAGCAAAAGUGGAAGCCCAUGAGCUUCUGCACCAACCUUCCGAUGUCUGUCUCAGCAUCCGUCGACCGCGUAUCCCUCGGGAUAUGGGCGGACGGUAUUCCAGCUUGCAAAGAAGCUUACAAGCCUGCCAAACUGCCUGACUUGCCAUGGCCAUCAGUGCCCCUCCUGCUAGGGUGCAUUGGGGGCGCGGCGUUAUCGAUGUCUCAGAUGCUGACUUCGAAAUCGCCGCUAUCCAGCGCUCACUGUCAAUUUCCACCGUCGUACAGACGAUGGCAUAAAAGGCGGCCCCGCGGGUUCCGUGAUGGUCAUGGGAUCGCCCUCGCUUGGACCGCCCUUUCCCUUGC